AUGGCAGCUGUGCAGGAGGAAUACCCCAAAGUCCUUCUGGGUAUCCUGGAGGAACUUGCCAACAUGCGACAAUGGCUGUCUUUCCAGGAUCUUUGCCGAAUGGUCAGCACCCGCUUUGACCUAGAGCACCUUACCGAGCUCAGGAGUUUGCUGUUUGCUGCUGCCAGCCGGGACCCUUGUUUCCCAGCCACUCCUAUUCAGAGAUCUGGGUUUCAACCUAGAGGCCACGGACUAUCGCCUAUUGGAGUCGCUGCUGACAUUGUAACUAUCUUCAACCUUAUUCAGAUGACGGGUGGGGCUCCCAAUGAGUCCCAACCAAUGAGAACCCAGACAGUCAUUCCUGUUGACCAAUCACCAGGCCCCAGCCUGCCUGGAACUCACCAGCUGAACUACAGUGGUCAAGAAAGAGCACGUGCUCACUCUGACUCUGGUGGCAGGUCUCUUGACCAACAACUGUCUUUACCAAAAUCAAAUUACUCUGUUCGCAAGCGAGGAAGCCUCCCCCCUGAUCCUGUCUCAGUCGUGUCUACCCCUCCAACAAGGGCAAGGGCUGUGUCCUUUGACUUGCCUCACACCACACUUUUUUACCCGAGUGGUCAAAUCUCCAGCAAGGAUAUGAAGAAUAUCUACCUGCCUUUGGAAACAGACAGUGAAUCCAGUGGAGAUUCUGCCCCCAUUGAAGUGUUUGAAGCUGAAGAAGAUUCAUCUGUUGACCAGAAAAGAAAUAUCUUCAGGAAGGACUUUCAUAACCAGCCACCUCUAAUACCCCAGGUAACCGUGAGCAGUGAGUCACUCAGUCCCAACAAAGGGCAGAAAGGCUUUGACAAUCACAGCUUUGACAUGAUCCCCAAUCCUUACCCUUCGCCAACAACAGUUCACCAGUCGCCAGAGCAAAGGACUAAACACGAAAGCCUGGAUGACCUACAGGACUCAACUUACUUUGGACCUGGUUCAAUCCCAGAAUGGUCCCCUCGCCAUCUCCACCCAUCCAGGACCCAGAGACCUAUCUGGGGUAAUAAAAGUCACAGUUUAGAGGACCAGAUAAGCAUGGGUAGCAGUGGGGUGGGGAUGCAGUCACAAGGAGGACAGCUUCCACGCCAAUCGUCUCCUGUUAUCAGCACUUUUGGUGAGUCUUCCAGAGGUGACAGUGGGGAUAGUGGAUUACCAAAUUGUAGCAGUGAAGUUAAGGCUCAGGGAACCCAAACAGACCCUCCUGAUCCUCGCCGUCUCCGUAGCCUGGUCCAUGCUGACCGCUUCUCCUUUAUGACCUCAUUAGAUGACCCCGAGUUUUGUGAGGAUGAUAUCAGUGCCAUAUUUAGGUUCUUAGAUGAUAUCAGCAUGUGUGGCUCCACAGGAGUAUUGCAUCCUAGCGAUGGAUCAGGGGCUGCCAACCAGGACACUCCUGAGGCCAGGCGGGGCCGCUUAGGACAGCUCCAAAGGCUUUUCCACUCUUUGGAAAGCAGUGAUGAUGGGCUAAAAGCCAGUGUCUAUAAGCUCCUACUCCGCAUGAGUCAGAUAGAACGACAGCUAGAGUCACUGAAUGAUGUAAAGUCUGAAAUUUCACAGGUACUUUCUGCUUUGCAACGACUGGAUGAAAAGAUCCAGCAGCCUAUCACUGGCAGUGGGCGAGGCACUGGGGGACGUUGGCUGGAGCCUCUCAGUGCCAGUGUCUCUUCCUUCAUCAGCCACCCUAUAACCCCUGGAUCUGAGUCAUCAGACCCCCAACCUCUGUCUGUAACUGGGCAACUGCUUUCAGGGACAAGCAACACUAGUUUGGACUGGAAUAAAUGGAACACCCCUGGUGAACAAACAGAAAGCAGCAACAAGGGUCAAGCUGAUCCUAAGGGGGUGAAAGAAGGAAAAAAGGAUGCAUUAUCUCGGCAUGCCGCCAAGUCCCAGUCUGAAGAAAAAAGUGGGUCUGAUUCCCAACAGCCAAAUCUGUCGAACUCUGCAAGAGACUGGACUGUGUCAUUUUCAAAAAGUAAAGAUGGCAAACCUAUACAUGGGAAAAUUGGACAGGUAGAUCAGUCAAGCAGCACAACAAAUCUACUGUCUCAGAAGUCUUCCAGCCUGAUGGAACAAGUGUUUAACUCCUCCCUGUUCCACAAAAAAGACAGUAGUCUGACUAGUGGGUUAACCUCUGGGAAGAUAGUGGACCCCAGGGUGAUUGAGGGGAGGGGACGGCCCAUCUGGACUGUAGAUGACAAAGAAGCACGAAUUUCCCCUUUGGAUUUACAGGCUCAAGAGUCUCUGAAUCCCAACAACAUGGAGUUCUGGAUGGACGAUGUCUACACACCAGGCUACGAUGCUCUACUCAGGCGUAAAGAAGCUGAUCUUCGCCGAGCCAAGGCCUGCAAACUUCUCGCACUUAUAGCUACUGCAGUGAUUAUCAUUCUCAUCAUCGUCAUUCCUGUUUGCACUGUGGGCUCAUAA